AUGACUGCAGUUCCGAAGGCCCAACUCAGCAGUGGCUGGCUGAUCGCUCUGAUCACUCUGGUUGAUGCGAUGUCUGCCAUAUGGUUCGGAUACUGUCAGGGGGUAUUCGCCGGUGUCCUCGUCUCCGAAGAUUUUCAGCAUCUGUUCCCCCAAACGAACGACGCAAACGUCUCUGGAAUCGUCACGAGCUGUUUCUUGCUCGGUGCCUUCUUCGGCGCUAUCCUCGCCUUCAUUUCCGGCGACCACCUCGGCCGCAAAAAGACCAUCCUCCUAGGUCACACCCUCAAUCUCCUAGGUGCAACCCUUCAAUUCCUCUCCUGGAGCCUCCCCCAAAUGAUUGUAGGCCGCGUCCUCAACGGCUUCGGCAUGGGCAUCACCUCCACCAUGAGCCCUGUUUACCUCGCCGAGUGCGCGCGCUCGCACCUGCGCGGUCGCCUGCUCAUCAUCGGGGCCUCUUCCAAUGUGUCUGCGUUCUGUCUGGCGAAUUGGAUCAGCUACGGAUUGUAUUUUCAGAGGGGACCCCUGCAGUGGCGGUUUCCGCUCGCUUUUCAGCUCGUGUUUCCGUGCGCUAUAUUCCCUGUUUUGGCGUUUGUGCCCGAAUCGCCUCGGUGGCUUCUGCUUGUUCAUCGGGGGGAGGAGGCGAUGCGGGUUAUUGCUAGGCUGGCGGGUACGGCCGUUGAGGAUCCAUUGGUCACGGCGGAGUAUCGAUCUAUUAAGUCGACUAUUCGGCUUGAACGUGAGAGUCGGGUUCCGGUCAUGGAUGUUCUGCGUCAUCGGGAUAAGACACAGAACUUUCGAAGGCUGUUACUUUCUUGUGGGAGUCAACUAAUGCAACAAUUUAGUGGGAUCAAUGCGUUAGGCUUCUAUCUGCCUACUUUGCUUCACGAGAGUGUGGGCUUUAAUCUUCAGAUGAGUCGGCUACUUACCGCAGUGAGUGGCACACUGUACCUGGGCGCCGCAUUCUGCGGACUGUUUCUUAUUGACCGCGUUGGACGGCGCAAGUUGAUGUUGUUUGGGUCUUUGACUACCGCUUCGUGUCAUCUCAUUGCUGCAUUGUGUCUCAAAGCCGGCGAGGAUGACCCAUCGAAGGAGAAAAUGAUGGCCAAUGUUGCAGUAGCAAUGUUCAUUCUCUACCACGUCUUUUUCGGGCCAACUUGGGGUGGUGUUCCAUGGGCCUACUCGGCUGAGAUCAAUUCCCUCGGCUGGCGCACUCGUGGUGCUGCUGCCGCCACGGCCACCAACUGGAUUAUGGGAUUUGUGGUAGUACAGUUUACCAAGAUUGGAGUCAACAAUCUGCGCUGGGCCUUCUAUCUGAUCUUCGCCGUGAUCUGCUACAGCUAUUUCCCCAUAGUAUACUGCUUCUAUCCAGAAACAUCUCAACGAAAACUUGAGGACAUGGAUGAAAUCUUCAUUCACAAUCCUUCUUGGUUCGUCGGCGGCAGGCACGAACUAACACAGCGGAGUAGGCCAGAAGCUUUUAUCCAUGCGGAGGCGGCGCGCAUCGCACGUGGAGAAACGCCGCCACCAGUGGAGCAAGUCUAA